AUGCAUACUUCCAAUUUUAUGGUGUCUGGUCCAACCAAGUUUAGCUUCAUCGGGUCUAUUCCCGAAGCCAUGCUUCUGAAUGUUCUUGUUGAUAAUCGUGUUGUUAAGAAGCCCACUGAUGAACAACAUGAGGAAACACCAAAGAUAGAUCCAAAGGUUAAUGAAGAUUCGGUAUCUAAAGGGAAAGAAAAGCAGGUAGAUGAUGAUGAUAAAGUUGAAGAAGAAGUGUCGGACGGUGAAAAUCUAAUAAGAAAGAAACGUGACAAGGUGCUUGAUGAUCUUAUGUUUCUUCGUAAAGAAUUAGAAGCUAAAGAAGUUGAAGCUGAGGUUGCAAAAGUCACUCUGGCAACUCAGCAGACCCUCUUUCCUCCAUGA